AUGAAUUUUUUGUGGAAUGAAGGAUGUCAGGCUCGAGCAAUGCUACAAGCAGUAAUUGAAGAAACACUCGAAAAAUAUUCGUGUAUGAAAUAUCGUCAUGAUCCAAGAAUUUUAGAAAUUUAUCUAUUAAAGGAAGAAAUUGGCAGACGUCAACCUAAAAAACUUAUGCGUGCCCUUUAUAGUCGAGGUCAAUUUCGGUUCAGAGCUGAAUUAUACAUUCUUUGGGCUAUGAUUUACGGCAAGCAAAAAUGUGGUGUACGCGUAAUGGAAAUAUAUCGUUUAGGCUACCAAUAUGAUGCUCAGCCUACUGAUUUGUUUGUAUACGGUUUUUGGAACAUUGCUGAGGAAGUGUUUGGUAAGAUUCAGGCAUAUCAGUAUGGAUUUUUGUCAGGAAAACAGAUUUCAAAGUCCGUUAUCACAUUAGUAAAAAAUAAUAGUUCGAAAACACCAACACAAGUGACCAACGACGCAUCAAAUGAAUUAUCGUCAACGGAACCAUUACAGGAACUAUCAGCUGAAGCAAUACAGCCUCCUCAAAUGCCGAAAUUUUCCAGAAGUUACUUGAGGAUGAUAAAGUAUAUCACGAAGUUGCUACCAAUACCAGUAGAAAAAAUUAGUUCUUCAGUGGGACAAAAGUUGCUUGAUGAUUCGGAGAAACGAGUAAUACUUGGAACUCUCAAAUGUGAUGGAAAAUCUAAAGAAAAGAUUGGAAUCGCGACUGUGUGCAAAAAAAGAUCACUCGAAAAUGCUUUCAACAUCAGAUAUGAAUAA